AUGCCGGGCGGCCGGCGGGGGCUGGUGGCCCCGCAGAACACCUUCCUCGAGAACAUCAUCCGCCGCUCCUCAUCGCAGCCAGACAGCAGUUUCUUGCUGGCCAACGCGCAGAUCGUGGACUACCCCAUCGUGUACUGCAACGAGACGUUCUGCAAGAUGAGCGGCUACAACCGCGCCGAGGUCAUGCAGAAGUCGUGCCGCUGCACGUGGAUGUACGGCGAGCUGACGGAGAAGGAGGCGGUGGAGCGCGUGGACCGCGCGCUCGACCACCACCUCGCCGACCAGUUCGAGAUCCUGCUCUACAAGAAGAACCGCACGCCGCUGUGGCUGCUGGUGCACGUGGCGCCCAUCCGCAACGAGCGCGAGCUGGUCGUGCUGUUCCUGCUCACCUUCCGCGACAUCACCGCGCUCAAGCAGCCCAUCGACGCCGACGACCCCAAGGGAGGUCUGUCGAAGUUCGCCAAGCUGGCGCGCAGCGUGACGCGCUCGCGCUCGGUGCUGGUGUCGGCGCUGCCGGCGCUCAAGGAGCCGGCGCGCCAGAGCCAGCUCGCGCAUGUGAUGUCGCUGUCGGGCGACGUGCUACCGCAGUACCGCCAGGAGGCGCCGAAGACGCCGCCGCACAUUCUGCUGCACUACUGCGCCUUCAAAGCCAUCUGGGACUGGAUCAUCCUCUGCCUCACGUUCUACACCGCCAUCAUGGUCCCGUACAACGUCGCCUUCAAGAACAAGACCAGCGAGGACGUGUCCCUUCUUGUGAUAGACUCUAUCGUCGACGUCGUAUUUUUUAUAGACAUCGUACUUAACUUCCACACGACAUUCGUCGGACCCGGCGGUGAGGUCGUCAGCGACCCGAAAGUCAUCCGCAAGAACUACUUCAAGUCGUGGUUUCUCAUCGACCUGCUCUCGUGCCUGCCCUACGACGUCUUCAACGCGUUCGACCACGACGAAGACGGCAUAGGCAGUCUGUUCAGCGCGCUGAAGGUGGUGCGGCUGCUGCGCCUGGGCCGCGUGGUGCGCAAGCUGGACCGCUACUUGGAGUACGGCGCCGCCAUGCUCAUCCUGCUGCUGUGCUUCUACAUGCUGGUGGCGCACUGGCUGGCCUGCGUGUGGUACAGCAUCGGCCGCUCCGACGCCGACUCCGGCCUGCAGUACUCGUGGCUCUGGAAGCUUGCCAACGUCACGCAGAGCCCGUACUCGUACGUGUGGUCCAACGAGUCCGACGGGCCCGAGCUCGUCAACGGGCCGUCGCGCAAGACCAUGUACGUCACCGCGCUCUACUUCACUAUGACCUGCAUGACCUCCGUGGGCUUCGGCAACGUCGCCGCCGAGACCGAUAACGAGAAGAUCUUCACCAUCUGCAUGAUGAUAGUUGCAGCGCUGCUUUACGCGACAAUAUUCGGACACGUAACCACGAUCAUCCAGCAAAUGACCUCGGCGACCGCUAAGUAUCACGACAUGCUCAACAACGUGCGCGAGUUCAUGAAGCUGCACGAGGUUCCUAAGGCUCUCAGCGAGCGCGUCAUGGACUACGUGGUCUCCACCUGGGCCAUGACCAAGGGGCUCGACACGGAUAAGGUCCUGAAUUAUUGUCCGAAAGACAUGAAAGCCGACAUCUGCGUACAUCUGAAUCGUAAAGUUUUUAACGAGCACCCGGCUUUCCGUCUGGCUUCGGACGGCUGCCUGCGCGCGCUCGCCAUGCACUUCCACAUGUCGCACUCGGCGCCCGGCGACCUGCUGUACCACACCGGCGAGUCCAUCGACUCCCUCUGCUUCAUCGUCACCGGCAGUCUCGAAGUCAUUCAGGACGACGAGGUCGUGGCGAUACUCGGCAAAGGUGACGUAUUCGGCGACUCCUUCUGGAAGGACAGCGCGGUCGGCCAGUCCGCGGCGAACGUCCGCGCGCUCACGUACUGCGACUUGCACACCAUCAAACGCGACCGCCUCCUCGAAGUCCUCGACUUCUAUCAGGCGUUCGCGAACAGUUUCGCCAGAAACCUCACCCUGACUUACAACCUGCGCCAUCGUCUAAUAUUUCGAAAGGUGGCGGACGUGCGGCGCGAGCGCGAGCUGAUGGAGCGGCGCAAGCGCGAGCCGCAGCUGGAGCAGGCGCAGGACCACCUCGUGCGCAAGAUCUUCUCGCGCUUCCGCCGCGAGCGCAGCGUGGCCGCCGCGCCCGCCGCGCGCCCCGCCCCCGCCGCGCCCGCCGCGCCGGACGCCGAGCGCGGCGACGGCGCCGCCGCCGACGGGCCCUGCGGCUCGCCCGCGCGCCACUCGUUCUCGUUCGGCUCGCGGGCGGGCGGCGCGGCGGGCGGGGCGGGCGCGGCGGGCGGCGACGAGCGCGGCAAGUGGGGCCGCCUGCUGGCGGGCGGCUCGCUGGACGCGGCCGACGCGCCGCGCGCCUUCGCGCGCUCGCUCAGCGCCCGCGACCGCGCGCCGCCCGAGCCCGCGCCCGCGCUCUCGCUCAAGACUGCAUUUGGACGAGGACGAGCCAGCAGCGUGCUAGGAGCGGCUGCGCGGCGCGAACCCAUCGAUGAAGAAACUGACGAGCGGAAAACGACGCCGACAGCCGCGCCCGCGGCCGCGCCGGCGCCCGCCCCCGCCCCUGCCGUCACCCCCACCCCCGCCCCCACUCAGGCCCCUGCGCCCGCGCCCGCGCCGCCCGCCCCCUCCGCGCCCUCGCCUCACGACGCCGCGCUGGCGGAGCUACGUCGCGACGUGCGUAACGAAGUUCAGCGACUUCAACAAAAGUUGGGUCGAGUAGAAGAACUUCUGACCAUGCUGGCGGCGCGCCUCGGUGCCGACCCCAGCGACACCGCGCCCGACGCUGCGGAGCGCUCCGAGCGGACGGAGCGCUCCGAGCGGACGGAGCGUUGCGACCGGACGGAGCGCUCCGACCGGAGCGAGCGCCUCGAGAGGUCGGAGCGCGGGGAGCGCGCCGACAGGAGCGACUCUGCCGCGCUCGCGAGGAAACGACGCACCAAGGCCCGAAGCAAAGGCGCCGCCCCGCAGGUGCCGACGCCCACGACGCCGGGCGAGGCGCCGGCGCCGCCCAGCCCGGCGGGCGCGGCGGCGCGCCGGCGCGACUUCGUGUAG